UCUCUCUCUCUGAGUGGGUCACAGAGAACAGACACCCUCACUUGGAGAGACUGUCACAUGCCUCUGGUGAUGGUUGAUACUGGAAGGCUGAAAUCUCACUGUAUCUCUCUUCCCCUCUUCAGCUACUCUUUUAUCGCCCCCUGCUCGUCGUACAACAACUAUGAGGCGCUGCUCCUGAGCUCCUGCGGGCUGUGUGCUGUGUGCUCACUUCACACCCUUCCCCAUUCACCGUCGCUUGGAAGGAUGCCCUCCUCCUCCACUUCUCCUCUGCAUCUUGCCCUGUGCUGCGUCACUCUCCUUUCUCUUCACUUUUGUGCUGCAGUCCCUACGACAAAGGUUGGUUUUGGCUACCGCUUGGUGUCGAUCGAGGAGAACAGGAAUGGAGGUGGGCUGAUAGGUCAUCUCCAACUGAAGCGGAGCACCUCUGCUUAUGGCCCUGAUAUCCCUCAUCUCAGACUCUUCGUGAAGCAUGAAACCAAGGAUCGACUGAGGGUCCACAUAACUGAUGCAGAGGAAGGAAGAUGGGAAGUCCCCUACAACCUGCUCCCAAGAGAACAGCCCCCGCCAUUGGGGAGCAAAGCCUCCACAACUCCCUUCACGGCGUCGGAAUACGCAGGAGAUGAGCUCAUCUUCAGCUACACGUCCGAUCCAUUCACGUUUGUGGUGAAGAGGAAGGCCAAUGGGCAGACGCUGUUCGAUUCGAGUUGUGGCACCAUAGUCUUCAAGGAUCAAUACCUCGAGAUCUCCACUCACCUGCCCAAGACUGCUUCCCUGUAUGGGCUUGGCGAGAACACGCAACCUGGUGGGAUACGUUUGCGCCCGAACGAUCCCUACACCCUUUACACGACCGAUCUCUCGGCUAUCAAUCUAAAUUCUGAUCUCUACGGGUCUCACCCUGUAUACAUGGACUUGAGGAACGAGGGAGGCGAGGCCGCUGCUCAUGCUGUGCUGUUGCUCAACAGCAAUGGCAUGGAUGUGCUGUACACAGGGACGGAGCUCACAUACAAGGUCAUCGGAGGAGUGCUCGACUUUUACUUCUUUGCCGGGCCUUCGCCGCUGGCGGUGGUGGAUCAGUACACUGCUCUCAUCGGUCGCCCUGCUCCCAUGCCGUACUGGGCGCUAGGAUUCCACCAAUGCAGAUGGGGCUACAAAAACCUCUCGGUGGUGGAAGGGGUGGUGGAGGGCUACAAGAAAGCUCGGAUACCUCUUGAUGUGAUCUGGAACGAUGACGAUCACAUGGAUGCAGCCAAGGACUUCACUCUCGACCCUGUCAACUACCCGCGGCCGAAGCUGCUCGACUUCCUCAGCAGAAUCCAUUCGCAAGGCAUGAAGUACAUCGUGCUCAUCGAUCCCGGAAUAGCCGUUAACUCCAGCUACGGUGUCUACCAGAGGGGAAUGGCCAAGGACGUCUUCAUCAAGUACGAGGGCAAGCCUUACCUGGCUCAGGUGUGGCCUGGGCCUGUCUACUUCCCGGACUACCUCAACCCCAACGGGGUCGCGUGGUGGGUCGAUGAGAUUGCCAGGUUCCACGAACUGGUACCCGUCGAUGGCCUCUGGAUCGACAUGAACGAGCCUUCAAACUUCUGUACAGGGAAGUGCGAGCUCCCAGCCAACCAUUCGUGCCCGGUGCCGGGUUCCAAAACACCAUGGAUUUGUUGUCUGGAUUGCAAGAACAUCACCAACACCAGAUGGGACGACCCGCCCUACAAGAUCAACGCAUCAGGAUCGCAGGCUCCGUUGGGUUCCAAGACGAUAGCCACGAGCGCGACGCAUUACGGUGGAAUCCUGGAGUACAAUGCACACAGCUUGUAUGGCUUCUCCCAGGCCAUUGCUACUCACGAGGCCCUCCAGGGACUCCAGGGGAAGCGUCCCUUCAUUCUCUCCCGCUCCACUUUUGUGGGAUCGGGAGCGUAUGCUGCGCAUUGGACGGGCGACAACCAGGGCAACUGGGUCAACCUCCGCUACUCGAUAUCCACCGUGCUGAACUUUGGGCUCUUCGGCAUGCCCAUGGUCGGCUCCGACAUCUGCGGCUUCUACCCAGCACCCACGGAGGAGCUCUGCAACCGCUGGAUCCAGCUCGGUGCGUUCUAUCCCUUCUCAAGAGACCACGCCAACUUCGCUUCGCCGAGACAAGAGCUUUACGUGUGGGACUCGGUCGCCAAAUCUGCAAGAAAUGCUUUGGGCAUGCGGUACAAGCUGCUCCCCUAUCUGUAUACGUUGAACUACGAAGCUCACACCAGUGGCGCGCCAAUGGCGAGGCCUGUAUUCUUCUCGUUCCCCAACUUCACAGCAAGCUACGGCCUCAGCACUCAGUUCUUGCUAGGGAGCAGCGUCAUGGUGUCGCCGGUCCUGAACGAGGCCAAGUCGAAAGUGAAAGCGAUGUUCCCCCCUGGCACCUGGUAUAACCUGUUCGACAUGACCAAGGCCGUCAUUUCCAAGGACGAGCGCUACAUAACUCUCGAUGCACCGCUGAACGAGAUCAACGUGCAUGUGUACCAGAACACCAUCCUCCCGAUGCAGAGAGGAGGGAUGAUCUCCAAGGAGGCGAGAGCGACACCGUUUACGCUUAUCGUGUCCUUCCCCUUCGGAGCCGCCGAAGGAGAUGCCAGAGGGAGCGUGUACGUGGACGACGACGAGCGCCCGGAGAUGAAGCUCGUGGACGGGGAGGCUUCCUACAUCGAGUUCUAUGCCAGCCUUCGUGAGAAGACGACGGUCACGGUGUGGUCUCAAGUGGAGUUGGGGAGGUUCAGUCUGCAGAAGGGUUUGCUGAUCGAGAAGGUGCGCGUGCUGGGGCUGCAGGGAAGCGGACAGGCGCUGGUGAUCGAGGUGGAUGGCGAACCCUCGGCGGAUGCUUACUUUGCCGAGACUUCUCCGAUGCAUCAAGAGAAGGUGGAGGGAGGGAACAGCAGGAGUAGCACGGUGGUGGAGGUUGCAGGACUGUCGUUGCCUCUGGGGAAGAAGUUCUCCAUGACUUGGAAGAUGGGGAUCAAUGAAUGAUUCAGUCUCCUACUGCUUUGCCUUGUUUCUUCUUUUCCCUGUGAUCACCUGGAUAGCCAAACCAAAUCUUGCUUUGCUCCUGAGGGAUAUAAAUCCAGAUUUGAUGAAAGAAGGAUUGUUUUCA